UUCCGGCGGCGGGGCGCGCUCGGGGCUCGGCGCAUGCGCGGCGGGCGCGCGGCCAUGGCGGACAGGGUGCUGUUCCGGCGCGGCACCGGGCAGAGCGACGACUCGGACAUCUGGGACGACACAGCCCUCAUCAAGGCGUACGACAAGGCGGUGGCCUCCUUCAAGAAUGCCUUAAAGAACGGGGAGUGCUCAGAGCCUUCAGACAAGCAGGAGCAGCGCAUGAUGAUAAAGAGAAAAAACCAUAAAAAGAACAGAAAUAGAAACAAGAGCAAUACAGCGCCUUUGAAACAGUGGAAAGUUGGUGACAGCUGCAGUGCUGUUUGGUCUGAGGAUGGUAACUUGUAUCUAGCAACUAUUGCCUCCAUCAACCAGAAGAGAGGCACAUGUGUUGUCACUUACACAGGAUAUGGAAAUCAGGAGGAGCAGAACCUGUCUGAUCUACGUCCUCCAACCAGCGAUGAAACAGUAAAUGGGAUGAGCCAUUCUGGGGAGAAUGAAAAUGAGACUCCAUAUUCAACAGAUGAAAGUGAAAAAUCUUCCCAGUCAUCUCGAAACAAAAGUGACUGCACAAAAGCAAGAUUUUCCCCUCAGAACUUGAGAUUUCCUACACCACCACCACCACCACCAGGCCUAGGAAGGUCUGGAUCAAAAUUCAAGGCACCUCCAUCAUUUUUAUCUUGCUGGCCCCCACCCUUCCCAGCAGGACCACCAUUGAUUCCUCCUCCACCACCCAUGAGGCCAGACUCUGCUGAGGACGAUGAAGCAUUGGGAAGCAUGUUGAUAGCCUGGUACAUGAGUGGUUACCACACUGGAUAUUACCUGGGUUUAAAACAAAGCCGAAUGGAAGCAUCGCUGGAGAGACAAACACAUGCAAAGUAACCGAAUAUCCACCAUUGUUCUGGAGGAUUCCAGGUACAAAUCUUUUCCAUUGAGAGGUGUAUAUCACUUAUGCAUUGGGGAUUGAUGGUGAAGAACUGAAUUUUUACCAAGACAAUUAGUCAUAAUGUUUUCUUAACACUGAGCUGUCCCUGUUAACAAAUAAAUAAUUUCAGACUAGUAAUUAAAUGUGCAUUGAAAUGAGCUAUUUCUUAAAAGACCUCUAGUCAAAUGUAUUUCAGAAACACUGCAACGAAGUACUUUUUACUUCCUUGAGGCAAUUUCAAGACUUCUUAUUGCAUGUUAGAUUUAACUCUUUUGACCCCGUGUGAUAGAUUUUCUUUAUCUCUCAACAUGUCUUGCAUUCCUCAGGCUUUCUGUCUGAAUGACAGCACCAGAACGAUUGAUUAUGGUAUCCUCUUUUAGGAGAAAGCUGUGGCAGCAAUGUGUGUUGCAGUGGCCACUGGUGCCACUGGCGUGGAAAAGAGUGUGCUGUUGUAGUAGGAGGGACAUCUUACAGGUCUGAUUAGAAUCAUGAAAUUUGACAGCUGGUUUCAGAAAGGCUAUUGUCUCAUUUAAAAUGUGAAUAAAGUUCUACUUUUUAAACUUUGA